GAGGGAGGAGGAGGAGCUGCGGCGGCCGCGGCCACUCCAGCAGGUCCGCGGCGCCGCGGGAAGCCGCCGACGGCGCGGGCUGCUGGGUCCCUCGCGCAGGAGGCGCGGGCGGCGCUGGGGCCAUGGAGCCUGGUGACGCGGCGCGCCUCGGCCCGGGGCGGGCGGCCAGGGCGCUGCCACCGCGGCUGCUGCUGCUGCUGCUGCUGCUGCUGCUGCCGCCGCCGCCGCUGCUGGGUCGGGGGCUGCGCGCGGCGGCCGCGGCCUCCUCCUCUGGGGCGGCGGCCGAGGACAGCAGCGCCAUGGAGGAGCUCGCCACGGAGAAGGAGGCGGAGGAGAGCCACCGGCAGGACAGCGUGAGCCUGCUCACCUUCAUCCUGCUGCUCACGCUCACCAUCCUCACCAUCUGGCUCUUCAAGCACCGCCGGGUGCGCUUCCUGCACGAGACCGGGCUGGCCAUGAUCUACGGGCUCAUCGUCGGGGUGAUCCUGCGGUACGGCACCCCUGCCACCAGCGGUCGUGACAAGUCCCUCAGCUGCACUCAGGAAGACAGGGCCUUCAGCACCUUACUUGUGAACGUCAGCGGGAAGUUCUUCGAAUACACACUGAAAGGAGAGAUCAGCCCUGGCAAGGUCCACAGCGUAGAGCAGAGCGACAUGCUGAGGAAGGUAACAUUUGAUCCAGAGGUCUUUUUCAACAUUCUCCUGCCUCCAAUUAUUUUCCAUGCUGGAUACAGUUUAAAGAAGAGACACUUUUUCAGAAAUCUCGGCUCUAUUCUGGCCUAUGCCUUCUUGGGGACUGCCGUUUCCUGCUUCAUCAUCGGAAACCUCAUGUAUGGUGUGGUGAAGCUGAUGAAGAUCGUGGGGCAGCUCUCGGAUAAGUUUUACUAUACAGACUGUCUCUUUUUUGGAGCCAUCAUCUCUGCCACUGACCCAGUGACCGUACUGGCGAUAUUUAAUGAACUGCAUGCGGACGUGGACCUCUAUGCACUUCUGUUUGGAGAAAGCGUCCUCAAUGAUGCUGUCGCCAUUGUUUUGUCCUCGUCUAUCGUUGCCUACCAGCCAGCGGGGCUCAACACUCAUGCCUUUGAUGCUGCUGCCUUUUUUAAGUCAGUUGGCAUUUUUCUAGGUAUAUUUAGCGGCUCUUUUACCAUGGGAGCUGUGACUGGGGUUGUGACUGCUCUAGUGACCAAGUUCACCAAGCUGCACUGCUUCCCCCUGCUGGAGACGGCGCUCUUCUUCCUGAUGUCCUGGAGCACGUUCCUCUUGGCGGAAGCCUGUGGGUUUACAGGGGUUGUGGCUGUCCUCUUCUGUGGCAUCACACAAGCUCAUUACACCUACAACAAUCUGUCGGUGGAAUCAAGAAGUCGAACAAAGCAGCUCUUUGAGGUGUUACACUUCCUGGCCGAGAACUUCAUCUUCUCCUACAUGGGCCUGGCGCUGUUUACCUUCCAGAAGCACGUCUUCAGCCCCGUUUUCAUCAUCGGAGCUUUCGUGGCCAUCUUCCUGGGCAGAGCUGCCCACAUAUACCCGCUCUCCUUCUUCCUCAACCUGGGCAGACGGCAUAAGAUCGGCUGGAAUUUCCAACACAUGAUGAUGUUUGCAGGCCUCAGGGGAGCGAUGGCCUUCGCGCUGGCCAUCCGAGACACGGCGUCCUACGCGCGCCAGAUGAUGUUCACAACCACGCUUCUCAUCGUCGUCUUCACCGUCUGGAUCAUUGGCGGAGGCACGACGCCCAUGUUAUCGUGGCUCAACAUCAGAGUUGGCAUCGAGGAGCCCUCUGAAGAGGACCGGAACGAGCGCUGCUGGCAGUACUUCAGAGUUGGCGUUGACCCAGAUCAAGACCCACCACCCAACAACGACAGCUUCCAAGUCUUACAAGGGGAUGGGCCAGAUUCUGCCGGAGGAAACCGGACAAAGCAGGAGAGUGCGUGGCUGUUCAGGCUGUGGUACAGCUUUGACCACAAUUACUUGAAGCCCAUCCUCACACACAGUGGCCCCCCACUAACCACCACUCUCCCAGCCUGGUGUGGCCUGCUCGCUCGAUGUCUGACCAGUCCUCAGGUGUACGACAACCAAGAGCCUCUGAGAGAGGAAGACUCUGAUUUCAUCCUGACCGAGGGCGACCUCACCUUGACCUACGGGGACAGCACAGUGACUGCGAACGGCUCCUCGGGCUCCCACACGGCCUCCACGAGCCUCGAGGGCGGUCGGCGAACCAAGAGCAGCUCCGAGGAGGCGCUGGAGCGAGACCUGGGAAUGGGAGGCCAGAAGGUUUCCAGCCGGGGCACGCGCCUGGUGUUUCCCCUGGAUGAUAACGCCUGACCCCCCCCACCCCACCCCCACCCCAGGCCCUGAGGGCCGGGGUCAGCCCCCCGGGUGGGUGAGGGGGGCCGCGAGCCCCGGUGUUGUCACGGGGGAGGGGGGGCCCUGACUGAAUGGAACUAACACUGGAGACAUCUUCACAUUUAAAACAUCACCCAAGAUGCAGCUGGAGGAGCUCAAGCAUCUCGACCUGCAAGACCAACGCAGAGCUAUUUACACUCUCUUCACAUCGCAGUGCGCCGCUCAGAGUUAAACAGACCAACAUGCAGCAUGCUUUCGUGCUCCCGUCACCCAUGCACCUGCAGAUCUCAACACGGUGGGGCGGCUGCCGGGGGCCGCCUCCUCCUGGGAGAGGCUUCAUGUCCAGACACAGCGGUGCAGGUCUAGCCGGCUGGAGGGAUGACAGGUUAGGAGAGCAGAGGCUAGGAAAAGACCAGGAAGGCAGGCAGUGGCGAUUCGACCCCUAAGGACUGCGGGAAGCUGGCGUUAAAUGGGACAGGAGGCAUGCAAAAGCAAUGUGACCCGAGGCUCCCAAGACGAGGCUGCGUGACCCUCUGAUAGGGACCCUUUUCCCCCACCCCCGCCCUCCUUCGCUCCCUGUGUUUCAAAGAUUGGAAAGUGUGUCCGUGCACAUUUCAAGAUCAAAGCACGAAUUCCAGUUCCUACUCCGGAAAUCUCCCUAAGGAAGCCGUGACUGAACAGUUUCAGACCAAAGGCAAAACAGUGUCAUCCUGUUGUUUGGAAAUUCCUCUGAGGACAGGAGCAACUGUUUGGAAACUGAUGGUGAUGUAACUGCAGAAGUCAGGCUUUUCUCGGGGGCUCCCACAUGAGCUGACUGCCUGGGAGAUGGCUAACAGGACGGGGUAUCUAACACGGGGUGAGAAAUGACACCAGAUUUGGGGAGACGAUGCUGUUUUUUUCUAGAGAAGAGCAGACAGCCAGAUGCCUAAGAGGCAAUUAGGCUAAUUUUCAGAGGGCCGAAACCUCACUGCAUGCAAAAAUAACUGUGAGAAAAUACAAGUGUUCUCAUGACUGAGUAGAAUCCCAAGCUUCGAGCUAAGAAAUGCAUGAGAGUUCACUUGGCCACGUGAGGGGAGGCGGUAGAAAGUUAAGCAUUAUUCAGCCUGGUGGAAGGUUCUGUCUCCUCUAAGAUGAGGAAUCCAGAAGUCUUGACAUUAAGGGCCAUUUUCUUGCUCUCUCAGUUCGGGUUCUUUGCGGAUGAGUGCUUCUACCUGCCCACACCUGUAGGAGGUGAAAUACUGAGAGAACUCUUUGGAAACCAAGUUUGAGAUUCUUCCCCUGUCUCUCUGCUUCAGUGCUAGUCUAUCUGAAAACCCAGUUUCUCGAAAAUGCUUUCAUAAAAUGUGGCCAUUAUUUCUUCUUAAGGCAGGAAAACAGUGGGCAGUCUAGGACACCCGUAAUGAAAUCAGCCCUUUAAUCUUCCUAACUCACCUUUUUAGGGGUUAAUUUUUAAAUAAGACAUUGCUUGAUGCUUUGCUUUUGAAAGGACAAUUUGUGCAAACCUGGGAAAAUGUGUUACUAGGUUGAGCCAUCUGAAAUUGCUGGUAUUCAACCAUUAAAACCAGAAAUGGUCAUUUUAUGUGGUCCAAUAUACCCUAACUGAAUCAUUUUUAUUCCCUCUUUUAAAGUCCAUUUUGAUUUUAUAGUCAUCCACAGGCUUUGUACUUCUCCCUGCAAACAUUCUAACCUCCUUAAAAUUGUAAAUGGAGAUUUGCUAAGACCAAAACUUAGCUAGGUUCAUAGUUAUUUGGUUGGAUUUUUUUUAUCCAGUGGAUCAGAUUAAGUCACUGACCUAUAGUUCAAGUUUUGUUUGCAACUGUGGAGCUUAAUCCUGACUUUACCAGGGUCCUGGGAAGCGAGUCCACUCAUCAGAAUGCUUCCACCUCUCAGAAGCCUCAUGCCUGUGCUGAGUGGCAAGAAAUAGGGUGCCAUGCAGCCCAGAAGCCAUCUCAUUCAAGGCCCAGUGUCUGUUGCCAGUCCAGCAGAAAUCAGGUUGAAAUUGCUAAUGGUGCAUCCAACUCAAGAAAUUUCCUCCAAGAGAGUAAUUCCAAGUCAUCUCAUAAACCUCUUUGUUUGGGCUUAGGGAGCUGACAGUUCAGUAGUCGAAUGUUCUAGAGCACAGGUUCACAACCCUGGGAUUACCGGGCCAGUUUUUAAAAGGACUGCUGCAAGGGCCCUUCCCUCAGAGGUUCGGAUUCAAGAGGUUCGGAGGGGGGGCCUGGCUGCCAUGCUUUGCUCUGGAGUGUCAAGGAUUUUAAUGCACAGCUAGGGUUGAAAGUCUCUAGAACAUGCAGUGGCUCCUCUUGGGAACCUUAAGGAAUGGCCUAGCAAGGUCCGUGUUCAUUGUUAGUCACGUGGAACAAACUGAAGGUUGAUCAGUACUGCACACUGGGCAGCUGUGAGAGUUUCUUGUGCUAAUAAUCUUUGCAGGAGCUCCUGCCGUGGCUCAGCAGUUAAAGAAUCCGACUAGGAACCAUGAGUGUUGCGGGUUCGAUCCCUGGCCUUGCUCCGUGGGUUAAGGAUCUGGUGUUGCAAUGAGCUGUGGUGUAGGUCACAAAUGUGGCUUGGAUCCCGAGUAUCUGUGGCUGUGGCUGGCAGCAACAGCUGCGGUUCAGCCCCUAGCCUGGGAGCCUCCAUAUGCUGCGGGUAUGGCCCUAAAGAGACAAAACGACCAAAAAAAAAAAAAAAAAAAAAGCCGACGUCAGGAGCGUGCUUCGUAAAGUGCAACUGAAAAGUCACUUCUGAAAACCUUAGAGCAUGAUAGGGUGACGACGGCAGCUUGAGCGUAUGUAUGUGGGAGGGGGGACUAAAAACCUGUCAUCUUUGCGCCUGUGUGUGGAAAACGGGGGUGGGGGGUGGGGUUUCGUCUUCAUGGAGCUGCUGACUAAUCACAUGUGAAGGUUUCUGAGCAGCUAGCUUUGCAGAUGAACCUGAGAUGAUAUUAGCAGUCCCUUUUGCCAUCGAGUGAACUUUUGUCUUCGCACUUUGCUCGUCCCCAUGCCUGGCUCCACGCGCUGGACUCCGCAGAAGAAGGGCGGGCCCAUUUAUUGCCAGACCAGUGGAAAGUCAUGACCACUUGGCUGUCGUGCGGUGGCAGGUAAUUAAAUAGAUGCAAACUUCUGUAUAGCAGCGACAGAGGAAAGACCAAAAUACCGGCAAUGCCUUGUUAUGCUCUCUUUGGGGACCCACAAGGACAAAGGGACGUUCUCACCCAGAGAAGGAAAUUUGGAAUUUAAGGAAGGCUGCAUUUCCUCCUAGGAAGUGCUUAGGGGCUUCAAUGGACCCUGACCAUUCGGGAGACUUACUGGAGUGACCAAAUAAGCACUGACAGCCCGCUGCCCAACGUCAUACUGUGACAGCUAAUGUUUCAUCAAGCAAACAGCGUGGGAGCGCUUUAGGCUGUGUUCUCGCGACCUGAAAACAUCCACCGUGGUUGGCUUGACAGCCUGUCUUUCGCACACAUGAUAAAUGUUAUCUCAGCUUUGCGUGACCACAACAGGGGAGGGCAAAGAAGUAAUGCUUUUCCAAAACAGAAGUCUGUUUCACACGCACACCCCCUACCCCCCAUCAGAGCGCUCCCUUUGCCCGCAGCGGAAGUUAAUGUUAUCAUGUCAGACAUUUGAUAUGAACACAAUGAUUUCAAAAUGUAGAGAUACCGCUGAUGCACUUGGGGGCGAUUGCCAGCAGGGCAAACAAGUGACUCAUCAGAGGAGGAAAAUCGUCCGCUCGAAAACCGACUGUGGUACCCACGGUGAGUUCUCAGAGGUCAACCAGAAAACUGAUUUUACUGUCCGCUGUAAGAGUGUCAUCUGGACCGGGGGGCCUCUGGAAAGUCAGCUUGCUGAUUCAGUAAGCCUGUGAUUUCUUCUACUUUAGAAAGGGUUUCGUGCCUGCCGUUGGAUGUUGAUUCUGUAAGAUAGGGUUAGUGUAGGAGCUAGCCUGUCAGAUACAGUCGACUGGUCGUGUUGAAUUCAGAUCCCUUGUGCUGUCUUUUCAAGUGAGGAUCUGGCUUGCCAGGCUCCAGUGCCGCCUUCUGACAAACGGAGGGACUCCCUCGGCCAAGAGGUAAGUGUUUAGAAACCACCCAUCUGAACGCUGCUUUCACGAUUUUGAUACCUGAGAAGACCUCUCGCCCCUCUUUUCUAAAACCUAAUAAGGACAAUAUACAGAGAACUCUUCUGGAAACCAAGGCCUGUGUCUAAUGGGGAGAAGCAAGUAGGCCCUUUGACAAUCCUUUCAAAACAAGACCUAGAAAGAAACCUUUUUUUUUUUUUCCAAGAUUCACAAAGCAGCGUUUUUGUGAAUGAACAAACGCAUCUUGUCAGCCCGUGCCAGCAGAAAUGUUAAGGAGCAAAACCAAAGUUUGAUUUUUGUAAGCAGGGUAUACUAUCGCCGCGGCCCACAUGGCACACACACAGGCAGCCAGGGUUCUUCUGCUCCCUGAGCCGUGGAGAUGAGAAGGGUGGGCUGCCCCACACAUGCGAGCACUCGGGGGAGCUCGCCUUUCUCAUCCUGAGGGCCCCACCUUUUUCAGAAGGGUUCACAGAAUUGCCCAAGGGCCCGGUCAGCGACUCUUGGCCAGUGGACAGUUAUCUGGGCCUGGACGUGUUGGAAGAACGCAGGUGGAAAAGGACUUGUCAGCAGCAUGAAGCCCUCUCUAUCUGCUGUCUAAAGCCCUUCAGUGAAGAGCCCAGUGUCACGGGGUGACUGUCGAACUGCGUGGACAUCUGGGGGGUUGACAUAAGUUGUGAGUAUCCCAGCCACGACGCCGUGGGAUGGUUUUCGUGUGGGUAUGAAGUCGCUGGGUUUGGAAUUUGUCACUGAAAUCAGGCAAGUCACAGUAUGACUGCGUGGUAGGGUCACCUCCUAGGCUUUUUCUUUCUUACAUCCAACACAUCUGGUACGUCUUACUUAGGACGUUGUACUAUGUCCAUUAAAAUGAUUCCAUAAGGCAAGCCACCCAGAUGCAUUUACUAGCUGAAAAGCACUUUUUUAAAUAGACGAGGAUGAAUUUAAUAUGGGCCGAUGUGACCGUCUGGGGAAUCUUUUUAUAGCGAGCUUACAUUACUGUAUGUGGGGAAAUUUUUGUCUUCUACUCCCAUUCAACAAUAGCAAACGUGGUUUUAUAAGAUGAACAUUAUCGUGUUAGCUGCCUGUGAAAAAAUAAAGACUUGGCGUUAUCAGCAACCUUUCUGUGCAAAAGGAAAACAGCAAUUAGGCCCCCGAAGGGCUACCUUGCUCUGGCAUUUUAAUGUUUGCCUUUGUGUAUAUGUUUAGAUCGCUCUUGUAAAGCUAGCUACCUGUUUUCCUGUCCUUUACUGAUAUUUAACACUUUUUUCUCAAAGCUUUUUUUUUUUUUUUUUUACAAACUCAAAAUAAAAAGAUUACCUGGCUGAGCUCCUCGUGUUCCGUAUUUUUAACGUCCUGUCCAUCAGCAAAAAAAUAACCUAUGAGCCUGUUCUCCGUCUCUUUCUUUCCCUGAGAGAUUCUGUUCAAGGUGGAGGCUCUUCCUCUUCAGCUUAAGACCAGAGACUGACAAAUUAUCGCAGCCCCUGGACCAAAUCCAGCCUACUGGUUGUUUUUGUAAAUAAAGUUUUAUUGACACACA